AACGCGAGGUGGGAGGGGUGAGUGGAAGGCAGGUAGAAGAAUGGCAAUUGCUGACGAGAGUGGGUCGGCAGCGCGGGCGGCCCCGAUGUGGCACAAAGACCUGCGACAACCCCUUCCCGGAGGUCCGGCGAGGUGCGCUGCGUGUAGGACAGCCUGCGCUUUGGUAUAUAAGGUGGGAUAAGGUGACUGAAAGGCCAUCCGCUCCCCUUCUCCCCCACCUUCCUCCCCAUCCAUCGCCUCUUACCCUUUCCGCCUUGUCUAUCGUCUUUUAUCUUUCCUAUCCCGUGUCGAUCUGAAUCAUGUCCGACGAAUACGCCAACAUCACCCUCUCCGACCUGACGCCCGAGCAAAUCAAUGAGCUCUCCUCGUACGGCUACGUCCCCACCAAGUGGAUAUGUAUUCUCUAUCUCGUCCUCUUCGGUCUCACCACUGCCGCCCACUUCUUCCAAACAAUUUGGUAUCGCCAAUGGUGGCUUUUCGCGACCGUCGUGCUCUGUGGUGGCCUCGAGUGCCUCGGCUGGGCAGGCAGGUUUUGGAGUAAUCAGAACAUCCUUGCGGACGAUCCUUAUAUGAUUCAAAUCGUCACGACUAUCAUCGCGCCUACACCUCUGCUGGCUGCCAACUUCGUCAUGAUGGGACGCCUCGUUCGUCGUUUGGGUCCUUCGUACAGCCGGUUGAGUCCGCGGUGGUAUACUAUUAUUUUCUGCUCUUCCGACGUCAUUUCACUUGUCGUGCAAGGUGCUGGCGGUGGCAUGGCCGCGUCCGCCGACGACCAUGAGGGUGCUGACAAUGGUGGCCGCAUCAUGCUCGGCGGUAUCUCCUUCCAGCUUGCUGUCAUCAUCUUCUUCACGGUCUUCGCCUUCGAGUUCCUCUGGCGCUACUUCAACGACCGCCCACAUGCGAAGCGCAUCACCCCCGCCGAGUCAGCGUCGACCCUCACCCCGCCGCGCGGCGCCCUCACGACCCCGCUUAAGCUCACCAUUGUCUGCCUGGGCAUCACGACCGUACUCCUCGUCAUCCGCGCCGUCUACCGCCUCAUCGAGCUCUCCGACGGGUGGAACGGCACGAUCAUCACUACGGAGAUCUGGUUCAACAUCUUCGACGCCGCCAUGGUCGUCAUCGUCAUGUUCACCCUCAACGUCCUCCACCCGGGCUGGCUCCUGCGCGACCCGGCACCUAUGAUCCAGGACAAGCCGUACGAGUACAGCACGGUCACCGUGAACGUCGCUUGAGCUGUUUUCUUAUCUAUGCACUUACCAUUUUAUCUGUUGUCGGGUUCCCAUUGUCAUCCCAUCCUCAUCGUCUACCUAUCCUCGGACUUUCACGUUGCCACGAAUUAGCACUCACUUAUAGAGUAGACGAUUCACAAGACGGACUUGUACUUAACUUAUCUACCUACGUAGUGCGAUGGCUGGUUAUGUCUCCUGCAAUGCAAUCUAGGGGAUUGCGGAUCACCG